AUGUCAAAGGCCAUAGUUGAUGCUGAGUAUGUGAAGGAAAUUGAGAAGGCUCGUCGUGACCUUCGAGCUCUUAUCUCCAGCAGAAACUGUGCCCCUCUCAUGCUUCGAUUAGCGUGGCAUGAUGCUGGUACCUAUGAUGUUAAGACAAGAACAGGAGGUCCCACUGGUUCAAUCAGGACUGCCCGAGAGUUGUUUCACGCAGCAAACAAGGGGCUGGAAACAGCAGUUGUGUUCUGUGAGGAAGUGAAGGCCAAACAUCCAAAUAUUUCAUAUGCUGACCUUUACCAGCUAGCUGGUGUUGUUGCAGUAGAGAUCACUGGGGGACCAACUAUUGACUUUGUUCCUGGGAGAAAAGAUUCAUUGGAAUCCCCAGCAGAAGGGCGUCUUCCAGAUGCCAAACAAGGUGCAUCGCAUUUAAGAGAGAUCUUUUAUCGCAUGGGGCUAGGUGACAAAGACAUUGUGGCUCUAUCUGGAGGUCACACAUUGGGAAAGGCACAUAGAGAUCGUUCUAGCUUUGAAGGUCAAUGGACAAAGAACCCUUUGAAGUUUGAUAACUCCUAUUUUGUAGAGUUGCUGAAAGGGGAAUCAACAGAUUUAUUGAAACUUCCCACAGACAAAGCUCUAGUUGAAGAUCCUAUCUUCCGCAAGUAUGUUGAACUGUAUGCAAAGAAUGAGGAUGUUUUCUUCUCAGAUUAUGCUACCUCACACAAGAAACUCUCAGAGCUUGGCUUCAUUUUCAAGAAUCAUCGUUCCAAAUUAGCCAAGGGAGUUAUAGGAUUUGCUAUUGCCAUAACUGCAGUGAUCUUGGGUUACUUACAUGAAUUCAACAAAAAAAACAAUUGA